AUGUGUAAGAUUAAGAUAUUUGCAUUUAUCUUGUGUUGCAAUGGAGGGAGUGUUGGUUCCUGUGUGUUCAUCCUCUGCAACUCUUAAACCCAAAAUCUCCAUUCCCCAACGCUCUUCUUUUAUUUCUUCACUACCAACCAACUGUUCCUUCCCUCAAAACGUAGCGUUUUCCCUUCGUAACACUCUCCGAAGUUCCACCUCCGCACUCGCCCAGCAUGAAGCUCCGGUUCUGGGAAAACCCGACAACAACUCCGUACCUGCUCUUCCCAAAAUCGACAAGACUGGGCGAUUCUGCAGCCCCAGAGCGGCCAGAGAACUCGCACUCUCCAUUAUUUAUGCCGCAUGUUUGGAGGGAAUGGAUCCUGUUCGGCUUUUCGAGAAACGGAUGAAUGCGCGGCGAGAGGCCGGAUAUGAAUUUGACAAGAAAAAGUUGUUGGAGUAUAAUCAUAUGAGUUUUGGAGGGCCACCUGCUACUGUUGAGUCGGAUGAAGAGGCAAAUGAGCUGCUGCGGCACAUUGAAGAAGAGUCUGCCAUUGAGGCAGAAGUCCUUACAGCUCCACCAAGGUUGGUAUAUAACAACCUGAUUUUGAGAUUCACUAGGAAACUAUUGGUUGCAGUCAGGGAUACGUGGGACAAUCAUGUCUUGGUUAUUAACAAGAUCGUCCCUGAAAAUUGGAAGAUGACUUCUAUGUUACUGAUGCUGCCAAUCCUGAUCAAUGAUUUGUUACACGAAGUUGAAGCACCUUGAAAAAAGUGGGAAAUAGAUAAAGGUCAAUGGUGAAACAAUGCAAUAGUUUACAAUUUUGAAUUUUAUAUAAAGACAGAAUGAGAAGAAAAAAAAUCUCAUGCAAAAAUGGUUGGUUAUCUUGCCCUAGCUAUAUUUGUCAUCCAUAGGAACAAUGCAAUAAUUUACAAUUUCAAAUUAAAAGGCAGAACGACAAGAAAAAAGUCUCCUGCAAAAAUGGUCAUAGCUAAGCUUAUUAAUUCAGAGAGGCAUGGGUUGAGUCAUGCUCCGUUUCAUAUAUCUCUCCUGUCACCAAUUAUUACACAUAAUGUAUAUUCCUUUUUCUUAUUCUUGUAAAUAUAUGAUGUACAUAUUAUAAGAAUUUAGACUGCUGAGCGAAAACCACGCAAGCAAUUCACUUGAUUCUUCUCUAUUAUUUUCCUGGGCUGUAUCCAUUUUCGUAAGUCCUCUGUUAAUAGCUUACUCUUUUUAGAAAAUUGGUUGUUGACAUGAUAUCAGAGUUUCCAUGACCAAGUUGUCGAGAAUUUGAUGCUCGCUCCCAUUUUGUAGAGAAAAUGAGCAAUUUCAUAAGAAGUUAGGGUAUGCUAGUUUGUUUGUCCACGCUUCAAGCCCAAAGAAGUGAAGAACUCCUGGGGGGAUGGGUUGGGUGGGGUGGGGGGGGGACAUGUUAGAUAUGAAGACAUUCUUGGGACUUCGCCUAAUAGCUUGAUCUUUUGUUAUAGUUUGAUCUUGAUAGGGGAAGUUACUGGUUCAACACCUGGAGAUAAUUUAUGGUAGAUGGCAUAUUUUCCCAUUCAUACCCAUCAUUCCCCUUCUUCGUUUAAUAUACAAAACAUGACACAUCUACUAUUGAAAG